GGGAGGGUUCCUGGAGCAGCCGCCAUGGGGGAAGCGGAGAAGUUCCAUUAUGUUUACAGCUGCGACCUGGACAUUAAUGUGCAGCUCAAAAUAGGAAGCUUGGAAGGGAAAAGAGAGCAGAAAAGCUACAAAGCUGUGCUGGAAAAUCCCAUGCUGAGGUUCUCUGGGCUGUACCAAGAGACCUGCUCCGACUUGUACGUGACCUGCCAGGUCUUCGCAGAGGGGAAGCCUCUCGCCCUACCGGUGCGGACGUCCUACAAAGCUUUUAGCACCAGAUGGAACUGGAAUGAAUGGUUAAAACUGCCGGUCAAGUACCCAGAUUUGCCUCGGAAUGCCCAAGUGUCUUUGACAAUAUGGGACGUCUACGGACCUGGCAAAGCAGUACCUGUUGGGGGAACGACGGUCUCACUCUUUGGGAAAUACGGGAUGUUUCGCCAAGGGAUGCACGAUUUGAAAGUCUGGCCCAACGUGGAAGCAGACGGCUCUGAGCCCACCAGGACCCCAGGCAGAACCAGCAGUACGCUUUCAGAGGAUCAGAUGAGCCGGCUAGCCAAGGCCUCUGACGAGGAACGUUUGGAGGAACUCACCAAGUCUCACCGGCAAGGUCACAUGGUCAAAGUAGACUGGCUGGACAGACUGACCUUUCGAGAAAUUGAGAUGAUCAAUGAGAGUGAGAAACGGAGUUCUAACUUUAUGUACUUGAUGAUUGAAUUCCGCUGUGCAAAGAGCGACGACAAAGAAUACGGCAUCGUAUAUUAUGAGAAGGACGGCGAUGAGUCAUCUCCAAUUUUAACGAGCUCUGAGAUCGUUAAAGUUCCGGAUCCCCAGAUGUCCAUGGAAAACUUGGUGGAAAGCAAACACCACAAGCUUGCGAGAAGCUUACGAAGCGGACCGUCUGAUCACGAUCUCAAGCCCAACGCAGCGACUCGCGAUCAGCUUAAUAUCAUAGUGAGCUAUCCGCCAACGAAGCAACUGACAUACGAAGAGCAGGACCUUGUGUGGAAAUUCCGAUAUUAUCUUACGCAUCAGGAAAAGGCCCUGACAAAAUUCUUGAAAUGUGUCAACUGGUACCUCCCUCAAGAGGCGAAGCAAGCCCUGGAGCUCUUGGGCAAGUGGAAGCCGAUGGAUGUGGAAGACUCCCUGGAGCUGUUGUCCUCUCACUUCACCAACCAGACGGUGCGGCGCUACGCAGUGGCCAGGUUGCAGCAGGCUGACGACGAGGAUCUCCUGAUGUACCUGCUGCAGCUCGUCCAGGCGCUGAAAUAUGAAAACUUUGAAGACAUCAAAAGUGGACUGGAACCUACCAAGAAGGAUAGCCAGGGCUCCAUGUCAGAGAGCAUGGCUGCAUCUGGAACGAAUGCUGCAGAAAUAGACAGCUCCCAAAUCAUCACGAGUCCUCUCCCCUUCAUAUCUUCCCCGCCUUCUACAGCAAAAACAAAGGAGUCUGCUGAAGGGGAAAAUCUUGAGCAAGACCUUUGCACGUUCUUGAUAUCGCGAGCAUGCAAGAAUUCCACGCUGGCAAACUAUUUAUAUUGGUAUGUCAUUGUGGAAUGCGAAGACCAGGACACUCAGCAAAGAGACCCCAGGACACAUGAAAUGUACCUGAACGUCAUGAGGCGGUUUAGUCAAGCUCUGUUGAAGGGUGAUAAGUCUGUCAGAGUGAUGCGUUCUUUGCUGGCCGCUCAGCAGACGUUCGUAGACCGGCUGGUCCAUCUAAUGAAAGCGGUGCAGCGUGAAAGUGGAAAUCGAAAGAAAAAGAAUGAGAGGCUGCAGGCGCUCCUGGCUGACAAGGAAAAGAUGAACUUAUCGGAUUUUGAACCCAUUCCGUUGCCUCUAGAACCCCAGGUGAAAAUUAGGGGAAUCAUCCCGGAAAAAGCAACACUGUUCAAGAGUGCCCUAAUGCCAGCCCAGUUAUUCUUCAGGACAGAAGACGGAGACAAAUACCCUGUAAUAUUUAAACACGGGGAUGACUUGCGUCAAGAUCAACUAAUUCUCCAGAUCAUUUCGCUCAUGGACAAGCUUUUACGCAAGGAGAACCUGGAUUUGAAAUUGACUCCUUAUAAGGUCUUGGCUACUAGUACAAAACAUGGUUUCAUGCAGUUUAUUCAGUCAGUCCCAGUGGCGGAAGUUCUUGCAACUGAAGAAAGCAUACAGAACUUCUUCCGCAAGCAUGCGGCGAGUGAAACGGGCCCUCACGGAAUUAGCGCCGAGGUGAUGGACACUUACGUCAAAAGCUGUGCUGGAUAUUGUGUGAUAACGUAUAUCCUUGGAGUUGGAGACAGACAUCUGGAUAACCUUUUGCUAACCAAAACAGGCAAACUCUUCCACAUCGAUUUUGGCUACAUUUUGGGCCGUGAUCCGAAGCCCCUUCCUCCACCGAUGAAGCUGAAUAAAGAGAUGGUGGAAGGCAUGGGAGGGACGCAGAGCGAGCAAUACCAGGAGUUCCGCAAGCAGUGCUAUACGGCUUUCCUCCAUCUCCGCAGGUAUUCCAACUUGAUUUUGAACUUGUUUUCACUCAUGGUUGAUGCCAACAUUCCAGACAUUGCUCUUGAACCAGACAAGACUGUGAGAAAGGUGCAAGACAAAUUCCGCUUGGAUCUUUCGGAUGAAGAAGCUGUGCACUACAUGCAGAGCCUGAUAGAUGAAAGUGUCCACGCUCUCUUUGCAGCUAUGGUCGAGCAAAUCCACAAGUUUGCUCAGUACUGGAGAAAAUGAGUCCUGUCAGCUUCUAAAGGCAAGAAUUCACACACGGCUGUCUCUCUUAAGCUACACAACAUGGUCUCCAAUGAAGUGUACUGAAUCUCUGGACAGUUCACCUCACCUGGUUUUCCAUUAAAACCGGAUCAAGGAUAUGUCUCCUCAUUUAGGAACGUCAGCUUCAACGUUUGGAAAAUAGAGCAACAGCCUCCAAAGUCAGAUAUGACGAGAAGAAAAAAUGUCUUACAGUUUUCCAAGUGCACCUGUACACCUGAUGUUCCUGUACCUUUGGACAAAGGAUCAGGGACUUCUCAUGCACUUAACUUGGACUUGUACAGUGCCUGUAGAAGUGCACAUUAUAAAAAUGCCCUUUUUGUGUAUAGAAAGAAAAGUAUUGUUGAAGCUUUAUGCACUUGGGGUUGAAGUUUUGGAUUUCUUUGAAAGGCUUGCCCAGAAUAAUUAAUGGCUUGGUCCUUUCUUUCGGAAAGGGAUGUCUUGCAAAGUGCCAGCGGAAGCCCACCUAUGAUGAAACAAAUAU